UUUCCCUCUCCCCUUCCCAGCUUCCGCGCCUCAGUUUAGCUGCCCUGACUUCUGGAAGCCUUCCGGGCCCUACAAGUCUGAGCUAGCAGUGCCCAGGGGCCCUGCACGUCCCCUCCCACAACAGUGGCCCAACUGUACUGUACGAGCGCAGUGGAUCUGGCCAAUGAAUGAAGGCUCGGAUCCGGCGAGGGCAGCACUCCUCAGGUGCGUCUGCCCCGUGAGUGGAAGCCAACGGGCACAGCCCCAUCCGGGCCACUCCGCCAGCCUCGCUGGCCUCCUGCCCCUGGCCACCCCGGUGUGCUGGGGUCUCCCGCUCUGCAUGCCCGCACACCCAGUCUCCUAGACUGCGGCCAGCCAAUGCACACCCGCGUCUCUUAGGCCGUGGCCCAUCGGCGCACUGCCCCCCAUCUCCUAGGCCACGGCCCACCUGUGCACCGCGCCCCCUCCCCAGGCCGCGGAGCACCUGUGCCCCCCACCCCUGUCUCCUAGCCCGCGAAGCGCCUGCGCACCCCCGUCUCCCAGCCCGCGGCCCACAGCCGACAGACAGGAAAUGCCUGCCGCCAUCUUGUGCGCCAGGAGUUUCAAAAUGGGGCUGCGGCUCCUGAGUGCAGCUCUGCUGUUUGUGGGCAGCGCUCUCCCGUACGCAGCGCACUACUCACUCUCUGAAAGGACGGGACACGGCCCCCGGCAGGAGCAGGUGGCUGCCCCGGGGUGGCCUGAGGCCCCGCGAGCAAGGCGGAGGGCACCCCAGGCCCGGGAGGAGGGAGCCGCAGACGAAGAGGGCAGUAUCUGUUCAUUCCUCUCUUUGGACGGUGUCCUGUGCGUCUUCCCCACCUCUGUAGUGUUUGGAUUUGGGUCCCUCCCUUUCUGUCGUUCCAACUUUUUAUUUUUAGACUGUGGAACAGCACCACUUGCAGAUGCAUUGAAAGGGUCUCGGAUUAUAGGGGGCACAGAAGCUCAAAUUGGUGCAUGGCCAUGGCUAGUUAGCCUGCAGAUCCAAUCAGGCAAAAUUCUUGCUCACAUAUGUGGGGGAAGCUUAGUGAAAAGUAAGUGGGUCCUCACGGCUGCCCACUGCACUAAGGACACUAGAGAUCCUUUAAUGUGGAGAGUUGUGAUUGGAACUAAUAACAUACAUGGAGGUCCUCCAUACUCGAAGAAGAUAAAAGUUAAAGCAAUCAUUAUCCAUCCAGAUUUCAAUUUGGAAACUUAUGUAAAUGAUAUUGCGCUUUUUCAUUUAAAAAAAGCAGUGAGGUAUAAUGACUAUGUUCAGCCUAUUUGUCUACCUUUUGAUGUUUUCCAAACGCUGGACCAAAACACGAAGUGUUUUAUAAGUGGCUGGGGAAGAACAAAAGAAGAAGGUAAUAUUACAGAUGUGUUACAGGAAGCGGAAGUACAUUAUAUCUCUCGAAAGAUCUGUGAUUCUGAGAAGAGUUAUGGGCAAAUAAUCCCUAAUACCUCAUUUUGUGCAGGUGAUGAAGAUGGAAUUUUUGAUACUUGCAGGGGUGAUAGUGGUGGACCAUUAAUGUGCUACUUACCAGAACACAGACGAUUUUUUGUAAUGGGAAUUACCAGUUACGGAUAUGGCUGUGGUCGGAAAAAUUUCCCUGGUGUCUAUUGUGGGCCCUCCUUCUACCAGCAGUGGCUGACGGAUCACCUCUACCGGGCAAGCAGUAAAGGCAUGUUUAACGUAAAUGUUCUACUUGGACAGGUCCUCAUAGCCUCAGGUUCUGUUGUCUUACUGGGAAUCCCAUAAUGAAAUUCUGAAGAAUCUUUAUCUUGCGUCGUGUCCCUUUCCAUGUUCCACCUAAUGAAACCCAUUUAUCCUUUUGGCAAGUAAUUGCCCGCUUUGCACUUCUCAUGUGAACGUUUUUUGCAACAAAAGGAUUGUGACAUAUUAGAUAUGUUUUCAUAAAUUUGGCACUGACAUGCCUCUUUGACGUCUUUUGAUUUUUUUUUAACUUUAUAAUCAUAAUUUUGCAUUUGGAAUUCUUCCCUAGAGUGUGUAUGGAAUAUUCAGUUAAAUAUAUGCUUUAUGUAUACAAAUGCCAAAUAAUAAAGAGUUUAUAAUUAAAAUGAAA